AUGCAGCUCACCACCAUCCUCGCCUCAAGCAUCCUCGCCUUUGCCAGCAGCAUCUCAGCUGCGCCAACUACCACGAAUACCACUUCCACCGUCACCCUCCGUGUCUACGACGAUAUCUCCGGCGUCAACUCCGACGCAACCGUUCCUGACGACAACGUUCCUCGCGCGAUAACAGACCUUUUCGAAGGAACUGCCAUCGGAAACGCUGGCUUUAACGCAACCUCUGCCCAGCUCGUCAAGUUCGCGGAUCUCACCCAGUGCGUUCUGGUCAACAGCGCUCUAGGCCGGACGAUUCAGCUGGACGGACGCUCCAAGAACUAUGCCGACAUUGACGGCGAUCGCGCCAUAGCUGUGCCUACCUACAUUGGUGGAUUCACUUUCCAGUGCACUCCGUCGUAG